AUGUUGGUAGGAUCAAUCCCGUCAGAGAUAGGCAACUCCACAAAGCUCAGGUUCUUCAAUAUUUCCACAAACAGAAUCGGUGGUCACAUACUGUCUACAAUAACGAGGCUAUCAAGGCUGGAGAUGCUGGAUGUCUCCAACAACCAACUGAUGGGCAUUCUUCCACACGAUCUGGCUAAUUGCACAACUCUGAAUCUGCUUAACGUCGGGUACAACCAUCUGUCUGGAGCUAUUCCACCCAAUUUGGGAACCCUAGAAAAUCUCAACUAUUUGAUGCUUCCAGAAAACAGAUUCACGGGAAAUAUUGGAGCGGCUGUGCACAACCUAUCUGGGCUGCUGGUUCUUGAUUUUUGGGCAAAUUUAUUCACAGGAAAGUUUCCAGACAGAGUUUUGGAUUUCCUCAACUUGACUAUAUUGAUUCUUCGGCAAAACAAGCUGUGGGGAACCAUUCCUGUUGGAAUAUCCCGUCUGUCUAAGCUGGAAAUCCUGGAUCUGUCAAGCAAUAGGUUUCAUGGAGAAAUACCUUCCCAACUGGGAAAUAUCCUGGGCAUGCAGUAUUCUUCCGGCAUAUAUCUUCCACCCAACAGAAGAAGCUACUUUUUCUACAACAUCGACGUAUAUCUUGCCUACAAGGGCAAGUUCAGGCAGCUGAAGCGACUUGGGUAUAAACUGUUGGAUUUCUCAGAUAACAGAUUUACAGGAGAGAUUCCAUCUUCAAUAGGCUCUCUGCAUGGGCUUUUUUCUCUAUCAGGAGAGAUCCCAUCCACCCUCGGAUCUAUCUCAACUUUGGCAAAGUUUAACGUGUCCUGUAAUAAGCUUUCAGGGAGAAUUCCCGUUGGCCCUCAGUUUUUAACAUUUGAUGCAGAUGCAUUCAGCAACAACAGUGGUCUCUGUGGAGCACCUUUACCUAAGCCAUGUUUCAACGUUUCAUCAUCACCAUCUCCUCUUCCAGUCUCAAAUAGAAAACAUAAUGAAGACAUCAACUGGGAAUUUUUCGCAGGUAUGGGUAUAGGUUAUCUUAUGGGAGUUGGCUUACUGUUAAUGGGAAUGUUUAUGUCUAAAAGAUUGAGAAAUUUGAUGUUGGGGAGUCCAGUUAAAAGGGUUUCAACUUACGGUGUUUAUAGAUACCCCCAAUGA